GGGGGCAACAGCGACGGAGAAAACAACAACAACAAGAGAACAGCGAGAUGGCUCCAUGAAUACAGGCCAACUUCACUCUCACCCAGUUACUAUCCACAACCUACCCGACUGCUGCUUUCUCACACGGCUGGAUUAGAUGGUGCCGGGCCCAUGAACUUGGCUAGUCAGAGCGGGGAGACCGGCUGUAGCCAGCUCCUCUUCGCCAACUUUAACCAGGACAACACGUCUUUAGCUGUUGGAACCAAAUCAGGCUACAAGUUCUUCUCCCUGUCGUCUGUGGACAAGUUGGAGCAGAUUUAUGAAUGUACGGACACAGAGGAUGUGUGCAUUGUAGAGCGUCUGUUCAGCAGUAGUCUGGUGGCGAUCGUCAGUCUGAAGGCUCCUAGGAAGCUGAAGGUCUGUCACUUCAAGAAAGGAACGGAGAUCUGUAACUAUAGUUACAGUAACACUAUACUGGCUGUCAAGCUCAACAGACAGAGGCUGAUAGUAUGUCUGGAGGAAUCUCUGUACAUCCACAACAUCAGAGACAUGAAGGUCCUGCACACCAUCAGAGAGACACCUCCCAACCCCUCAGGGUUGUGUGCUCUCUCCAUCAGUAAUGAUAACUGUUACCUGGCCUACCCCGGCAGUGCUACAAUAGGAGAGGUCCAGGUGUUCGACACGGUCAACCUGAGGGCAGCCAACAUGAUCCCAGCCCAUGACAGUCCAUUAGCAGCUGUGGUGUUUGAUGCUAGCGGAACCAAACUGGCCACAGCCUCGGAGAAGGGUACGGUGAUUCGUGUGUUCUCCAUCCCUGAGGGACAGAAACUGUUUGAGUUCCGCCGAGGAGUCAAAAGGUGUGUAUCUAUCUGUUCCCUGGCCUUCAGUAUGGAAGGCCUCUACCUAUCAGCAUCCAGUAACACGGAGACGGUCCACAUCUUCAAACUAGAGACGCAGAAAGAGAAGCCAACAGAGGAGCCGACGACAUGGGGUGGAUACUUUGGAAAGGUCCUGAUGGCUUCCACCACCUACCUGCCCUCUCAGGUAACAGAGAUGUUCACUCAGGGACGAGCCUUCGCCACCGUACGACUGCCCUUCUCUGGACACAAGAACAUCUGUGCUCUGGCCCUGAUCCAAAAGAUUCCUCGUCUCCUGGUAGCAGCAGCUGAUGGAUAUCUGUACCUCUAUAACCUGGACCCACAGGAGGGGGGAGAGUGUACCCUGAUGAAACAACACAGGUUAGACGGCAGUGCUGAGCCGCCCAAUGAGAUCCUGGAACAGGGGUCACAUGACCGACCCCUUACUGCACAGACCUACAACACUGCUGGGAUGAAAGGUACACACACCCCAGGGCGUCGUUAGUCAAAUUGGCACCGG